AAGCUAAUAACUGAUAGUUAACACGACAGAUGAUGUCAUUAAAAUUAGUACUGACAUAUAUUUGAAUUUUUGUUUGGAUAUUGUAAAUAUUUCUUCGACUAAUAAUGACCAAGACUCUUGUUACAAAUAAUAAAAUGCAAUAUGGCAAAAUUCUAGAAGAGUGCAAAAACGGAAAUUUCGAAAUAACCUUUGAUUAUAUUACUGAAAACUUGGAAGGACAGUUGGAUAGCAAAAAAGCUCUGAACAUUUUAAUUGCCUGUUGCAACGCCUGUGUUUAUUGUAAAGAAACUAUAUCGGAAGAUUAUCUACUUAGAAUAUUGAAAAUUCUGUCUCCGAUUCUAAUAAAAUUAAAAGAAACUGAUAUUGUUAGUUACGUUCAGUCACUGUAUCACUUUAUCAAGUUCUUCAUUCAUAAGGGUCAGUUAGAAUAUGUUAUAACCAUAGAAGAUAUUGCACAACUACCAACAAAAAAUUUAUCAAAAAAACUAAUAAAUACUUAUAAUAACAUCGCAAGAUUAUUACACAAUGUAGUUGCAAAGUCUGUAGUAGAAGAUAAUAUUUGUAAUGAAAUAUUAUUUAAACUUAGCAGACUUAUGCUAAGGAUAAGCAUACAAUUAGGGGAUUCUUCAGAAAUAGCAAAUUUAUCUUUGAGUUGUUUCAAACAUUUUUGUAUCAAGUUAUCAGUUGAAUACCAAAUUGAUUAUUAUAAAGAAAUUCUCGAUUUACUUGCACAACAUCGGAUAGGACUAAAAACGAAAGACAUUGAAAGAAUUGUAAUAAAUCUCACUUCUCACUUAUUACAUAGUAUUAUAAAUACAUAUGAUUUUGAAAAAGGAUUGAAAUUUCUAAACGAAGUAAACUCCAGAUUGAUAAAUGUCUUAAAUAGUGAAAAAUGUCAACAAUUUCAACAAGGACUGCAGAUAUGUUUGAUUCUUCCUUGUCGGGCAUUAAAAGAUAAAUUUUCAGGAAUUAAUAAAUGUAUGGAAUGUAUGGAAAAAAUUGAUCAAAUGGAUUUUGAGUUUAAGAAAGACUUUGUUUCAAAUUUGAGUAAAAUGUUACAAAUUUUGAAGGAAUAUUACACAAAUAUUAACCCUAAAGAAUGGGUAUCAUUUUCUGAAGAUGUGCAAUUGCUAUUUUUUAAAUGCAUAGUAAAAGUCGAUUCAUUCUUGCAUAUUCCAGAAGUCGAAGGGGGAAAUGUGUAUUUUUCUAAUGCUAACGUUAUGUUUUCUCUGAUUAAAAAUGCGAAUAAAAAUACCAGUGGAAGUGUGAAAUACCAUCAGGAAUGCGUUAAUUUAAUAAAAAUAUAUUUAAAAUUUAUAAACGACAAUAAGAAUACUAAGAAUUGGCCUAAAUAUUGGAACAACUUGGCAGCGGAAAUUUACAACAUUGGCAUACAUUUAGUACAACAAGAUUGUAAUGAAACAGCAAAAUAUUAUUUUUGUCUCAUAAUCAACAAUUUCAUAAAAUCAGAAGAUAGAAAAACUACAAUAGUUUUAAAAUACAAUAUUCUAAAAUCAGUUUGUGCAUUAUUAAUACAAAUAUAUGCCAAACAUGGUGAAAAAUGUUUGGGGUUCAUUUCCUUGGGAACAAUAUUAUGCCCUGAAAGUAGAGAUUCCUUCAUGACUAAUUGGAUAACAACAAAGUAUAAUCUUAAAGAAAAAGCUCAAACAUUAAAUUUGGUUACAGCUUUGGAUGUUUUAGAAAAAGAAAUACCGGCAUUAAAAUUAGAUGUAUCAGAAAAACAGUUUUUAUUGUGUCUAGAAUUGGAUAAUUAUAAGAAAAAAUGGAAGAGCAAAGUUCCUAUUGUAUCGGUUAUAAAAGAAUUAAGAAAAAUAUCCGACAACGAUUACGUAGCGAAUGUUAUAGUAAACAUGUUUGCUGAUAUAGAGUUGCCGCAUAACGAAGAGUUAUCUAAUAUAGUAGCAGAUGUCUUGAAUAAGCACAAAAAUGAUAAUACGAACGUUACCUCACAAAUUAAUUUAGCGAUAUUAUAUUAUACACAUUAUAGAUAUUGCAAUAAAAAAAUUAUUGCUAAAAAUGCUGAAGAUAUGGAGAAUACAGCAUCGGUUGUUCCUAUGGAAAAUGAACAGGAUCUUAAUGACCCCAAAGAUGCCUGCGAUGUAACAUCUUCAUACGAGAGUUUGCACGUCGAGGUUUAUAGAGAAAAUUUGAAAAAUAUCGAAAAGUCGUUAUCUAUUUUUACCACAACAGUGCCAUUAUUAAAAACUGAUAAAAUUGAAUAUUUUCCUCUUAAUAAAUUGUACAAUAUCUUAGUUAGAAUAUCUUCUGAAUUCAAGUUAUUGUGUUACAAAUUGAAAGCAGUUCAAGCACUCGAAGCUGCUUUGAAAAUUGCUCAACUGCAAAACGAUAGCUCAAAUAUUAUAAAAGCAAUCGGGCUCAUUUUAGAGCAUGUAGACGAAAGUACUGAGGAAUUGCUCAAAAUGGCAGACGAUCUCAUUGAAAACGGAUCUUUCUCAAAAAUAGAUCAUAUAGAAAUAUGUAUUACAUAUUAUAUUAAUAAAAGCAAACAUUUAUUGUACAACGAUUUUGAAGAAUCUUACAAGGUAUUUAAAGAAGCUGAAAAUUUAUUAGAGCAAGUUAAAGAUAAAAAUUGUUCAAACACAUUAAGAAGUCGACUGUUUCUUUUGAAUUCUCAAUUUAGUAAGCUGCCUUGUAAUAUUGGAAUAGAAACACACAAAAAGAGUAUUCUCAUGAAUGCGUAUUUGGCCACGGAAAUUAUGUAUGAAGAAUAUAGAAAUAACACUGUAGGCGAUCCUUACACAGUAUCCUUAUUGAUUGAAGCCAAUAAGGAGCUGGUUAAUCUGUAUCAUCGUUGGAAGUGUCCGAAAGAAGUACGAGUAUACGCCAAAGAAAUCCUACUUCUAACACAAAAAUUGGUCCUACCAUUACAAACCGUUUCUUAUUUGACGUAUCUCGCACACGCCGAUCUUCUGUCGAAUUAUCGAGAAGAUUGUCAAGUUAAAGUGAAAGAUAUCGGUGCCAUAUUAGGUUGUAGAAACAAAGAAAUCGGUCAAGCUGCUAAAUAUGUACCACGUUCACCAUCGUCGCCUUCUUUUACGGUACCAUCGUUUCGAAUUCCGAACCAUAUAUCCCAUGAAAAUAAGUGUGAUUGUUAUUACUGCGUUUGUUACGAAUACCAAAUUUUCGCUUUGGAAAACGCCAGACUCGGUGCCUUAUUUAACGUUAAAGAACGUAAUACGAACCUAGCUCAAGAAUUUUUUCAAAGUGCCUUGAAUUUAUACGAUUCUUAUAUAGCGAAGUAUUUGAAAAGUAACCAAGUCGUACCUGAUUUUAUGCCAACUUACGGAUACAUUUUGUUGAAUUAUAGCAGUCAUUUGUGGAGGACUAAUCGCAAGAGUGAAGCUGGGGACUUUAAUAAAAGGUUAUUGACACUUUUGGAACCGAAGAAACUACAAAACGUCGAUUUAUAUAACGAGGCUCUGUUACAAAAAUUGAGCUACACGACCGAUAAUAUAGUACCCGCACCUGUUUGCGAACUGCAACUCGAAAUGGACCAAUUACAAAUUUCCGACGAUAAAGCAACACCGAAAACCCCGGAAAAUAACAGAAGCGAAGUUUCGGUUUUAAUUGAAAAACCUACUUAUACGUCAGUGGAAAAAAACAAAAUGAAAAAAUUUCCAAUAUUAACCUUUUCCCCGAGCGAUUUAGCCAAAGAGAACGCGAACGUGGAACCGAUCAUUAAAAUUUAUUCUCGAAGUUCUGUUAGAAAAACGAAAACUAAAACCAUCUCGCAAACACCGGUACCGACUUUUCCGGAAAAUUCGACCUCCGGUACCGUUACAGAAAGUGUUUUGAGAACGCGUACGAAAUUGCUGACGGAAAAAUUAAAGCGAUCAAGUAAAAAAACCGAACCGUCUACUAGUGGAAACCAAAUUAAAAAAGCGGGAGAAAAAUGUAGUACUGCCAGAAAGAAUUUAUUAAAAGAAUUAUCGGCACCUGAAAGUACUACCGCAAACGGUGCUAUUAGAAGAUCUACUAGAACUAGAAAGUAGUUUUUUACACACUUUCCAUGUGUUAUUUAAAUUUUUUAUCUUUUGAGAAUUGAUCAGUGACAUUCUUUUUCAAAUAGGCUUUACGUUCAAUGAUAUUUGAGCCCCGGUGCGGCCCCUAGGCCCGCAACUAAACUUACCCCACAGCCCAAAUCGGUUCUAUGGACCGCGCCACUUAUUUUAUUUCAAACUUUUCUCACGACCGUAUUUAAACGAGUGUUACAGUUUAGUUUGACCAUUCUGGGUCCUUCCAACAUUAAUCUAUUUAAUUUUUUUUUUCAUUUUGUUAGGCUUUCAUCUUUUCAUAUUUUUUUUUUGUUUUCAACAUAAUUCAAAUCUUUGAACCAAGUUUUUAAUUUGUGCUACCUUUACAUUACCUCGAUCUCAUAUUUUAUUUCAAAUAAAUUUUUCCUUGGAUCCACACCUCACGUGAAGUGUACAAAUAGAAAAAAAUUUUUAGACCCGAGGGAAUGUUGAUUAAUUUUGGUUGGGACUCGAUUUUUUCAUCCCAAAUUUUCUUUUUCCAUACUGCAAGUAGGGUGUACCUUCGAAGAAAUAUGAUGAAAAAAUUCUUUUCGAUUGAAAAGCGUGAAAAAUGAGCCGAUUUGAACCUUGGGGAAAGUUUUAAAGGUAAACAUUUUCGGGCCCAGAAGAAAGUUGAUCAAUUUUGGUUUGGGCUCAACAUCUCCUACAUAUUUUCGAAUAUUUUGUCUUCUAUCAAAUUUUCUAUUUCUUCUUCAUAUUAGUUUUUAGUUGUUUCCUAGUUUGUCGCCUUGUAGCCUCCGAUAGCAGUUGUUUUGUUUUAAAUGUACCAUUGAAAUUUCUACUUUUUCAUUCAUAUUUAAUUUUAUUUAUCUUAUUCAAUCCUUUACCUAGUAAAAAUAUAUAAAAUCCAGCAAUUAG